CGCCAGCUCCGCGCCCCCGGCCGCUCUCCGCGCUUCUCUCGGCCCCGCUCCCGCCCCUGCGGCCCUCCGCCAAAUGAAACUGGCCGCGAUGAUCAAGAAGAUGUGCCCGAGCGACUCGGAGCUGAGUAUCCCGGCCAAGAACUGCUACCGCAUGGUCAUCCUCGGUUCGUCCAAGGUGGGCAAGACGGCCAUCGUGUCGCGCUUCCUCACGGGCCGCUUCGAGGACGCCUACACGCCCACCAUCGAGGACUUCCACCGCAAGUUCUACUCCAUCCGCGGCGAGGUCUACCAGCUCGACAUUCUCGACACGUCCGGCAACCACCCGUUCCCCGCCAUGCGGCGCCUCUCCAUCCUCACUGGAGACGUUUUCAUCCUGGUGUUCAGCCUGGACAACCGCGACUCCUUCGAGGAGGUGCAGAGGCUCAAGCAGCAGAUCCUCGACACCAAGUCUUGCCUCAAGAACAAAACCAAGGAGAACGUGGACGUGCCGUUGGUCAUCUGUGGCAACAAGGGGGACCGGGACUUCUACCGCGAGGUGGAGCAGCGCGAGAUCGAGCAGCUGGUGGGCGACGACCCCCAGCGCUGCGCCUACUUCGAGAUCUCGGCCAAGAAGAACAGCAGCCUGGACCAGAUGUUCCGGGCGCUCUUCGCCAUGGCCAAGCUGCCCAGCGAGAUGAGCCCGGACCUGCACCGCAAGGUGUCCGUGCAGUACUGCGACGUGCUGCACAAGAAGGCAUUGCGGAACAAGAAGCUGCUGCGAGCCGGCAGCGGCGGCGGGGACCCCGGCGACGCCUUCGGCAUCGUGGCGCCCUUCGCGCGCCGGCCCAGCGUGCACAGCGACCUCAUGUACAUCCGCGAGAAGGCCAGCGGCGGCAGCCAGGCCAAGGACAAGGAGCGCUGCGUCAUCAGCUAGGAGCCUCCCCCCACCCCCAGCCCCCCGCGCCGGCGACA